CUGGCCUCCCUCUGGAUCUCCACUUUCUUACCUUGAAAAUAACUCUAAAGCCUUGCUCAACUUUACUAUUUAGUGGUUCUAUUAGAUUAUGAGCAAUCAUAAUAACAGCCAGCAUAUUAAGGUCAUCUGUGAGCUGAAUGUUUUCCAUAAUUUUUCAUUUUAAAUUUCCGUAAUAGUCAUGAGAGGCUUUGUGAUGGAGGCGCUCACUACCUGGAUGGGCAGACACAAGGAAAGAACACUGAACAGCCAGGAGGUGUGAAUAAAGGUUGCUUGUGGAAGUUAGACCAAAUAGCAGGAAGGUAUUACAGCAAGAUGGAUUUGGGAAAGGACCAAUCUCGCUUGAAACGCCAUCAGACACCUAAUCCUCGUCAAGAAGAGAACCAUGUUCCAGAAGUCACUGGAACUUGGAAUUUGCGAAACAGAGAGCAACUCAGAAAAAGGAAAGCUGAAGCGCAAGAGAAGCAAAAUUUGCAGUGGCAUUUUGGAGAGAAAAGAUGCAAGCGGCCAAGGACAGGAAAAGGAAACAAAAGAGGCAGAAAGAGACGACAAAGUACGGAACUGAAGGAGGAACCUCAGUCACAAUUUAAAAAAGACACGAUGGAGAAAGCACUGGCACCUAUGGAGAAAGAAACUGAACCACCUAAGAGUAUAACUGAAGUGCUGUCUCUGCUAGCCUCUCCCAAGAAAGUUAUGCCUGAGACACAAUUUUCUGCAGUGGAUCAAGAAAACAUACAUCAGGAUCAUUCUUCUGAGUUACAAGAAACAGUUGUACAAAACCACCCUUCUGAAACAUGCCAAGAUGUGGCUGAACCUGAAGCCCUCUCUCCUACAAUGUACCAAGAAAUGGCCAUGAUUCAAGGCCAUUCUUCCAUAAUGUGCCCUGAUACAGCUGAACCUGAAGACCUCUCUCCUACAACGUGCCAAGAAAUGGCCGUGAUUCAAGGCCCUUCUUCCAUAAUGUGCCCUGAUACAGCUGAACCUGAAGAUUUUACUUCUACAAUGUGCCAGGAAACAGCGGUAUUUCCAAACCAUCCUUCCAGAAUGUGCCCUGAUACAGCUGGCCCUAAAGCCCUCUCCUCUGCAAUGUGCCAAGAAACAGCUAUAGUCAAAGUCCUUCCUUCUAAAACAUCUGAAGACAUAGCUGACCUGGAAGCAUGCUCUCUUGAAGCAUUCCCCAAACCAGAUAUGCCCAAAGGGUAUGCUCUUGAGAUAUACCAAAAGAGAGCUGAACCUGAGGAAUACAAUUCUGAACCAGAACAAGGAAUGGCUGAGAUUGAAAGCUUCUUUCCUAAGACACAAGAAAUAGCUGUGCCUAAAGACCUUUCUACAAAGACACACCAAGAAACAGUUGAACCUGAACACUUCUCUCAUGAAACAUAUAAAGAAAUUGCUGUGCCUAAAGCAUUCUCUCAUAACACAACCCAAGAAGUGCCUGCUCUUGAGGAAUAUCCACCUGAAAUACACCAAGAAACACCUGCGCCUGAGGAAGGCUCACCUGAAAUAUACCAAGAAACACCUGGGCCUGAAGAUCUUUCUACUAAGGCAUAUAAAAAUAAGGAUCUGCCCAAAGAAUGCUUUCCAGAGCCAUAUCAAGAAACAGGUGGGCCCCAAGGCCAGGAUCCUAAAGCACACCAGGAGGACGCUAAGGAUGUUUAUACUUUUCCUCGAGAAAUGAGAGAAAAACCCGAAGCAGAAGAACCAGAGAUACCAGCAAUUGCAAAUGUUCCUCAAGAAAUUCAUCCAGAAAAUGACGUCUUUAGUUAUGUUUUGUUUUAACAAUGCUCAACCAUCAAUAGUUGUCCAACAAAAUACACAUCUUAAUAUAUUACGUGUGUGAUUUUUUCAAAACACUGUAGAUCUCUACAAUACUCAUUAAUAUUUUAACAUUGUUUUCUUUUUUUCAUGUAUAGACUCUGAGAGAAUGAAGGUGUUUUUUUAGGC